AUGAAAUUUGGUCGGAACCUCCCGCGGAACCAAGUGCCUGAGUGGGCAUCGGCCUACAUAAACUACAAGGCCUUGAAGAAACUCAUCAAAGCCGCCGCCGCAGGCGCAGUCGAGGAUGGGAGCCUCGAUCUUGCUGGUUUCUUCCACACCCUAGACCGCAACCUUGAAGACGUAGAUCAUUUCUAUAACAAAAAAUUCCAAGACUUCUCCCGCCGUCUGAAACUCCUUGAAGACCGGUACGGCGUGUCCCCGCAAGCGGCGGCCCAGCUGGACCCAGAUGAACGCGAAGACCUGUUGGCCGCUCUGCUGGAGUUGCGUGGGCAGCUGCGAAAUCUGCAGUGGUACGGUGAGGUGAAUCGAAGAGGGUUCAUCAAGAUCACAAAGAAGCUGGACAAAAGAGUCCCCGCGGCCCAUGCUCAGAAAAAGUACCUGGAGCUCAAGGUCGAUCCUUCGGCAUUCGCCACGAAUGCACAGCUCUUUGCCUCCUUGAACAAGGUCAAUGAUUGGAUCUCUGUUCUUGGGGAGUUUGCAGCACCUACGAACAACGACGAUGUAGCCUCCAUUUCCUCCGCAUCCCUGAAACGCACAACGUCACGACCGUCGUUAGAUAUCUCGACAGAGCAACUAGCAAAGGUCGAAGCGACGAUACGUCAAGACGACGCAGAUGGGCUGGAGGAAUUGAUACAACUCUCUACAAAAUCGGCAUCUGAUCACUCGGAGCCUGCUGUACAACAGUUCUUGAAGGCUCUUCUUCAGAGGGCAAUUUCAAACCGGAGCCGUGCAUGUACUGCACGCCUGUUACGCGAGGUUAUCUUCCUAGAUGACCUAGAUGACAUCAAUCAUCGCAAUUGUCUUCAUCGAGUCAUCGUCUCCAUUGGCCGGAAGCAGGCCAAUGCUGACCAGGAGCCUGCUGCGGAAUCGUAUUCAGAUUUCCUGUCGGAGCACCACAACUACAUCACACCGGCUGCACCGCCUUCUGUGCCAUUCAAACGGUCUGUUGUGCAAGAAGACCAACGAACUCGCAUUCUGACCCGGAACGACGAGUCCAUUUCGUUCCUUGAAUUUCUUCUAGACAACUUGCGACCGGUCCAUCAACCCGCACUGCUUGCGAGAGACAGCGCUGGACGGACUCCUCUGCAUUUCGCCGCCGAAUAUGGUAUUCGGGUGAUGUGUGAAAUCAUCAUUGAACAUCUCAAGGCAUGGAAGCUGUUUGAUGUUACAGAAGGCAUCGAUGGGCCCCAGUGGCAGGACGAUGAGGGCUGGGCUCCAUUGCAUCUAAGUGUCCUCGGCGGUCAUCCUUUGACCACGGAGGCAUUACUGAAUGCCGAGCACAGCGCCACCUCCAGCCCUUCGAAGUCGACCAUUCGAAGGGCGUCACCCAAAUCUUCGGCCGUGCUGGCCUUGGCUACCAAGGCCAACUUUGUCGACAUUGUUCGUCUCCUUGUGAAGGCCAAUGUCGACAUUAACUACCAAGAUGAGCAGGGAGACACGGCCCUUCAUGUGGCUGCUAGAUUCGGUCACUUUGAGUGUGCCAAGGUGCUCCUUGAGGGGUCAGACAUCCAGAAGGCAGACACAGAGCUUUGCGAAAAGACAUACGGAUGGACACCUUUGUUCAUAGCUUGUGUCGACGGCCACCUUCCCAUCGUUGAGCUCUUGAUUGCAAGCGGCGCGGAUCUUGAAAGAGUCGAUACUUCGGGCUGGAAUGCCAAGGAGCAUGCUGCCUUGAGAGGCCAUAUUGACAUCGCCCGGAAGCUGGCCAGCGCCAUGCCCGAACCUGAUGUUGAUGGGGAAUCUUCUUCCACUGCGUCAGUGUCUCCUCCCGUGUCAUCAUCUUUGACCGAGAGGACUUCAACUUCCAUUGGGUCUCAAGGUGCGACGGUCAAGAUCAGUGAACCUGUGAAGACCUUUGGACAUCGCUAUCUGACCGACAAGAGUAUGAUCCUAGUCAGCCUGGGGACCAUGGAUACUCGCAAGACCACUGGGGCAGUCAAUCUUGAUCGCAUCCCUUUGGCCAAUGCCCACUCCACGCAGCUUGAUACUGCUCUGUCGAUUGUGGUGUCCGCCAAGUGCGCCGAGGGAGAAGCCGAAGUCAUUGAUCUUCCCGUACAAGACAAUAUCUCAACCGAACCGAUCGUCUUCCAUGCGCCGGAUCCAUCCAAAGUCAAGUUGCUCUUUGAUUUGAUCCCGACGUAUGCUGGGUCCAAAGAGCGCGUAGUCGGACGCGGGGUGGCACUACUCUCCAGCGUCAAGCCAAGCCUGGGAACGAAGAGAAUGCCAUUGCAAGGAGAUGUGACUGUGCCCAUUCUCGCCGCAAACGACCUCGAGGUCAUUGGCUCAGUAACGUUCAAUUUCUUGGUCAUCACGCCUUUCAAACAUCCAAACAUGUCCGUUACGGAGAACCAGACGUAUUGGAAAAGUAUGGCGUCGACCAUGGUCAUCGGCCAUCGUGGGCUGGGGAAGAAUUUUGCGGCCGGUAGACGGUCGCUUCAGCUCGGGGAAAAUACGAUACAAUCCUUCAUUGCGGCCGCCAACCUGGGCGCCUCGUACGUCGAAUUCGACGUGCAGCUGACCAAAGACCACGUGCCCGUCAUCUACCACGACUUUCUGGUGAGCGAAACGGGCAUCGAUGCCCCGGUGCACACUCUCACCCUGGAGCAAUUCCUCCACGUCAAUGAUAUCCGCACCCCUCGCCAGUCAAGGCCCGCCUCGCCCGUGCCAUUCGAAAGCCCCAAGAUCGCCAGCCUCAAGAACGGCGAGUCCAGAUCGGGGAGGUUACGGUCCAUGUCCGUGGGCGGAGGUGACGCUGAAACGGUCGACAUGGAAGAGCGCAUGAAGCACACGCGAGAUUUCAAGAAAAAAGGCUUCAAGGGCAACUCCCGCGGCAACCAUAUUCAAGCACCGUUUGCCACUUUGGAAGAAAUGUUCCACAAACUUCCCGCCAACGUCGGCUUCAACAUCGAGAUGAAAUACCCGAUGUUGUCGGAGAGCGAGGAUGAGGAAAUGGACACGUUCGCGGUCGAGCUCAAUUCGUUUGUCGACACAGUACUGACGAAAGUGUACGACCUGGGUAAGGGGAGAAACAUCAUCUUUUCGUCCUUUAACCCCGAUAUCUGUCUGUUGCUUUCUUUCAAGCAACCGAGCAUCCCGGUCUUGUUUCUCACCGACUCCGGCACCUGUCCUGUGGGAGACAUCCGGGCCACGAGUCUUCAAGAGGCCAUUCGGUUCGCCAGUCGCUGGAACCUGCUCGGGGUGGUGAGUGCGGCGGAACCGUUCGUGGCCGCGCCCCGGCUGGUCCGCGUCGUCAAAGAAAGUGGGCUGGUCUGUGUCAGUUACGGGUCGCUGAACAAUGAACCGGACAAGGUCAAGCUGCAGGUCAAGCAGGGGAUCGAUGCAGUUAUAGUCGACAACGUGCUUGCGAUUCGUCGAGGAUUGACAGGCCAAGGCAAGUCGAACAAGAAGACUUCCAAGGCCACCACGGUAGUCAAUGGACAGGGCGAGCCAGAGAUGAAGGAUGCAGUUGCAGCAGCCAGCGGUAGUCUAGGAAAAGCCUUGACUGGGAGUACGGACAGCCUGGAGAUUCCGGGCAUCACUCUCACUACGACACAGGAGCCUGGUGAGAUGCCGCGGGUCAAGAUUGUCAAUGGUGAUGGCGGUGAUAUUGGGCAGGUUGGCCAUGUCAAGGCCAGUGAUGACGCCGAUGCUGAUGUCACAGUUUCUGCGCUGGCGGAAGACACCGAGGAGGAGCAAGGCAGACGGUGA